CGGACACAGGCUCAGUAGCCUAGGCGAUCGAAAUGCUCUGGUGGACUUUGAUGAGAAUUAGUGACAUCUUCAUUAUCCGCGAUUGGCAAAUGCGCCUUGCAAUGUAUGAUGACCAUGAUGGUCGUGAAUGCGAGAUACCCUAGGGUACUCCUCCUUUCGUGCUGCGGGUCCCUAAAGUCCGCUGCAUUCUCCGUCGACGGUAUCAAGCCGGCAUGCCUAAACUUAGCCCGCUGUCGCAGCCCGACUAGCGUAUGCAAUUCAGAAUGCAAGGGGAGAGCCUCGUUCACAGCCCCCACAACUCAGCCUCCCCCUCGUGGGCGGCAAGAUGCAUCCACGAAUCCUUCAACCAAGAAAAAUAAUCUCGACAUGCAACGACCCCAAGAGGCAGUUUUGUCAGCGCGGCCCACUCAAGGCUUUCCUGCCCCACUCAAUGCAGUGGUAUACCCGUAGUGACCGUGUCCCUCACCCCGAUUCCUCCCCGCCGUGCACUCGGGAGACGCACAACACACUCCAGACGUCACGAUGAAGCUCUUUGCCGCAAGCCUACUGUCUCUUCUCCCCAUCGCGGCAUCCGUGC